AUGGGUUGGUUUUGGGCAGACUCACAGCCAAAGGUGCCCGUGGCACCGCACCCAACUGCUCCUGGGGCCGCUAUUCCCCCCGGAUGCCCGAUGCACGAGUCGCAGCAGUCAAAACCCCCCGUGCCUGCGGCUGUGCCUGAGAAGACCGAAAUCCCCAGCGCCUGUCCUAUGAAGAAAUCCGCCGAUUCCCCAUUUUAUUCCGCGCCGAGCUCGUCCACGCCGGAAACUCCGCAACCUCCGGCCGCGCCGCAGAAAUCAACAUCUACUUUAUCCAAACUCAACCCGCUGAACUACAUGUUCGCCUCGAUUUCACAGGAGCGCGCGCCUAACCAGACCGUCGACCUGGGCGUUGAUCGUGAGGUCUCGUCUAUCCCGCGUGGUGACUCGGAGGGAAACUGGGAGUAUCCCUCUGCGCAGCAGAUGUAUAACGCGAUGUUGCGCAAGGGCCAUACCGAUACGCCUCAGGAUGCGGUUGAGUCUAUGGUUGCGGUGCACAAUUUCCUGAAUGAGGGUGCUUGGGAUGAAAUUAUUGGGUGGGAGCGUACGUUCGCUAAGGGUCUUGGGGCUGGAUGGGACCGGUGCCGGCGCGGCGAGGAGAACCUUGCCUUUGAGCUUAUGAAGGAGGAUGCUUUGGGUCAGGUUGACGAGGCUACCGAGCCUCGUUUGAUUCGAUUCCAGGGUCGGCCGCAGGAAUUGAGUCCUAAGGCUCAGUUUUACCAGAUCCUGGGCCAGGUUUAUCCGUCCAGAUUUGAGACAAGCCCUCCUUUCGACCGUCAUGACUGGUUCGUGCAGCGUCGUACACCUACCGGUUCGAAGGAAGUUCGUUACGUGAUCGAUUACUACUCCGCUCCCCCAGAGCCUAACGGUGAACCGGUCUUCUACCUCGACAUCCGUCCUGCGCUGGAUACCCCCACUGCUGCUGUUGAACGGCUUAUGAGAUGGGGCGGUGACGUUUGGUGGAAGGCUAGCGGAGGUGUUGUGCGCGAACCUGGCCAUGCACACCCCCAGGCGUGA